AGAUUCAAGCAGAUUUUUCUGCUUUCUAUGGAAAGUCAUGGAUGGAAUGACCACAGUGCGAUCGGGCGAUGAGCCCUACAUGCAAUUUGACAGACUAAAGUUGCGGAAUUACUUUCCACACGAGAUUGAGAAGCUUAGUGUUUUGCGAGUGACACAAACACGGAGCUUUGAUGAGGUAGGACAUGCUAUCCGUGGUGGGCUCUACGAUCCUGUGCUAGGUCCCACCGAACCACGUGACAAAUGUGAGACUUGUAAUCAGUACGAGGUCCAUUGCCCAGGACAUUUUGGGCACAUUCGAUUGGAUGUUCCUGUUUUUAACCCAAUAUUGUUCAGUUUUUGUUUUAAUUUACUAAAGGGAUCUUGUGUCCAAUGUCAUCGAUUUACAUGUGGCACGGAUGGGAUAGCAACGAAAGUGCUACUUGCACAGCUUAGAUGUUUCGAAUUGGGUGUACCUCACCUCGCACCAGAAAUUGAGAGCCAAUUCAGAGAAAAAGUCGGCACUUCAAUGCAAUCAGCCGUCGUAUCGGAGGAGGAUGAACUGCAAAUGUUCGCUGAGCUGGACAAGCUCAUAUCAGAUCGUGCAGGUCUUCCUCUGGGUGCUCUUUCCGCCGAUGCUCCAACGAAGAAUACUGUGGAUUUGCGUAAGAAUCUGAUAAAAUGCUAUCUCAGAGAUCACCUAUUCAAAAGAAAAGCCCGAUGCCCUCUCUGUAAGGGCUUCAAUGGCCAGGUCAGAAAUGAUGGAGCGCGAUGUGUACUGAUCGAUUUUACUGUGCAUGGGAAAAAGAGGAAGAAGCUGGAUAUCUAUAAAAGUGGCUUCGAAGGUGAAGAUCUGGAGGAGGAGGUUCAUUCCUCAGAUGACGAAAAAGACAAGAAGACAGCUUUGCUCAGUGAUGUUGGCUAUGGAAAUAUGGAAAUGGCCGAAGGUGCAUUAGAACUGCAAAUGCGAGCCGUGCAAAGUGGAGCCUGUGAGAAACUUGCUUGGCGUGCUGCUGAGAUUCGUGAACACUUCCGAUCACUGUACAAGAAUGAAGGAAAGCUCUUAUUGAAGCUUUUCCCCAUGCUCAAUGAUGAAGGAGCUGGCGGCUUAUGCCCUCUUGAUGGCCUAUUCUGUGAGCUUAUAAUGGUGCCACCUACUAAGUUUAGACCUAUUAGGCUUUUCAAAGGAGAGCGUUAUGAAAAUCCCCAAUCUGUCAACCUCCGAAGAGUUUUAGAAGCCACUGAAACGAUCAAGGCUGUAUCGCUUGUAUUGAAUGGAGAUAAAAGUCCGCAGUUGAUGGAGUUGAUCACUAAUCGAACGCAAGGCAAGACAAUGAACGCCAAAAUGCAUAGCGCUUAUCUUUCGCUGCAACAACGAGUGAAUGCUAUUUAUGAUGAGGAACUUGACAAGAAUGACCAGAACAAAAUUCCUGGCAUCAAACAAAUUCUCGAGAAGAAGCAAGGUCUUUUUCGGAUGAACAUGAUGGGAAAACGUGUGAAUUUUGCUUGCAGGUCUGUGAUCACACCGGAUCCCUACUUGGAUAUUGAUGAGAUUGGAAUCCCUGAGAUCUUUGCGAAAAAACUGACGUUCACGGAACCUAUCAAUAUUUUCAACAAAGCACAUAUGAGACAACUUGUUUGUAACGGUCCAAACGUCCACCCGGGUGCUAAUUACGUUGUGAAUAGCUCGAAUAAGAAGCAAAUGCUCGACGGUAUGUUUCCCGGAUUCUCAUCGGAAGAUGAAGAUUUUCGAAAGCGCAUGGGUAUCGCCAAAGGUCUCGAACCUGCGAACACGGAUAAGCUGCGACAGCCUAUUAAGGUUCUACGACAUUUAAGAAAUGGCGAUAUGAUGCUGAUGAACCGUCAACCGUCACUGCAUAAACCUUCCAUACAAGGACACAGGGCUCGUGUAAUUACUGGUCAGCGCGCACUUCGAAUGAACUAUGCUCCAUGCAAAGCCUAUAACGCAGAUUUUGAUGGAGAUGAAAUGAAUGGACACUUGGUACAAAGUCACAUUGCGCAGUGUGAGGUGGCGGAGCUGGCUAAUGUUGGAAGUAAUUUCUUGGUGCCAAAAGAUGCUACACCGCUUCUUGGUUUGAUCCAGGACCAUGUUGUGUCUGGUGUGCUGUUGACCAUAAGAGGAAGGUUUUUGUCAAAGGAAGACUUUAUGCAUCUUGUCUUGGCCGCCUUUGCUUACCGAACGAAGCGAAUUGAAAUACCUCCUCCGGCCAUGAUCAAACCACAUCAACUGUGGAGUGGUAAGCAGGUGAUAUCAUGUAUCAUCAAAAAUUGCGUGCCUAAAGACAAACCGCUUAUUAAUCUAACGUCCAAGUCGAAAACGCCGUUGUCCUGCUGGAAAGUCCCGGGUUUCGAUGCACCACAGCAGGUUAUGAGCGAGUCGGAGGUUGUGUUCAGGCAAGGCGAGCUGCUGGUUGGUGUUUUGGAUAAACAGCAUUAUGGAGCAACACAAUAUGGAUUGAUCCAUAGUUGUUUCGAACUUUAUGGUCACAAAGUUGGAGUGCAGAUACUUUCAUGUUUCUCACGACUUUUCACUACUUAUCUGCAGCUGCAUGGGUUUACUCUUGGUGUGGCAGAUAUCCUUGUUAGGAAAGAUGCUGAUAAAGUCAGGAAGCAGGCUAUCAAAGAGUCGCGGACCAUUGGAGAUCAGGUCGUGCGCAACGCAUUUGGGCUCGAUGAAAAUGUCAGUCAUGCUGAGAUCAAGCGAGUGUUGGCCUCGACGUACUGUAAUCCGAGAGGACAAGGUCAAGAUGUGAAAAUGCUUGAUUAUUCUAUGAAACAGAGCAUAUCGAAGUACAACGAUGCUAUCACGAAGGCUUGUGUGCCGGAAGGUCUGAUCCGUCACUUCCCCGAGAAUGCUCUUCAGGUCAUGAUUCAGUCGGGAGCCAAAGGAUCAGCAGUGAAUGCUAUUCAGAUUUCCUGCUGUUUGGGUCAGAUUGAGCUGGAAGGCAAACGUAUGGCUGUAACAGUUGCGGGCAGAACGUUGCCAUCUUUCAAAGCCUUUGAUCCAUCACCGCGUGCGGGUGGCUACAUUGAUCAGCGUUUCUUGACGGGUAUCAAUCCGCAAGAAUUGUUUUUCCAUACUAUGGCUGGUAGAGAGGGUCUUAUCGAUACUGCCGUGAAGACAUCUCGGUCUGGGUAUUUGCAGAGGUGCUUGAUCAAGCAUCUCGAAGGGCUCAAAAUUCAUUACGAUGGCACAGUCAGGGAUCACGAUGGAUCAGUUGUGCAGUUCCAUUAUGGCGAAGACGGACUUGACGUUAUCAAAGCCUCGUACAUUAGCCCGAAGACAUUCCCAUUCCUCCAAGACAAUCUCGAUGCUGUUAUACAUUGCUCCAAACCCGAUGCUGUGCGUGAUUCAGAGUUCAACGUCGAAGCCGCUGAAAAGCAGUACAAGAAGGUCAGGAAGUGGAGAAAGAAAACCGGAACAGACCAUCCUAAAAAACAGUACAUUUCCGGUUUUACGGAGUUUUCCAUGGAUCAGAUCGGGGUUGAUAAAGAACGAGUAGUUGGAAUGUGGGGAGAAAUGGAUGCUGCAGAACGGUCAGUCUACGAAAAGCGAGCCCCAAGGAGAUGCCCGCAUUCAGUCGAUGAGGAAUUUAAUCCAUACACUACGCUUGGUGCUUUGCCCGAGAAGACUUUGGAUGCUAUCUACAAGUUCUCUGGUAAAAACGAAAAACUGCGUCGAUCUCUAUUCUGGAAAGGCAUGCGAUCAUUAGCUGAACCUGGUGAGAACGUUGGCCUACUGGCUGCGCAGUCCAUUGGUGAACCAUCCACACAAAUGACAUUGAACACUUUCCACUUUGCUGGUAGAGGUGAAAUGAACGUCACCUUGGGUAUCCCGAGACUUCGCGAGAUCCUGAUGACCUCAUCGGAACAUAUCGCUACGCCUAGUGCUAAGAUCCCGAUACUGCCGGGCACUCCACAAGAAAAGAUUGAUGCGAUACGACGCGAACUGGAUCGUGUGUUCCUUAAACAAGUGUUGCGCAAUUUUACUUUGGAGGAAAGGAUCAAUCUUACUAAUAGUGACUGCUGGCGACGCUACCAUCUCCGAGUAGAGAUUCUCUCCAGCUCGAAAAGAGAACAAAACGCUAAACAUUUGAAGCGCAGAGUCAUCCUUCAAGAGCUGGAGAAACGGUUUUUGCGAGCGUUAGCAACAUCGAUAGGGAAGAAAUACCGUGAUUUACUUGAGUACCAGCAAGUCCAGCAUAGAAAGCUGCGAGCUGGAAAUCUCAACGCUGGCCUGGGACGAGGAGACGGUCCGGUGCCACGGCGAGCACACAACAUGGACGAUGGAAACUCGUCAGACGAAGAAGCAGCAGGUGGGAGGGAAGCCGACGCAGCUGAACAGAGACUGCAUGACAGACAUCUUGAUGAUGCUGCGGAGUACGAAGGCGAAGAAGAAGAUCGUGUGCACGUGGAAAAAGAUGAUGAAGAAAAGCAGAACGAGUUACAAGAAGAGGAAGAUAGUGAGAAAGAGCAGGAAGAUGAGGAGGAUAUGGAAGAGGAACAGAAAGAAGACGUUCUGAAAGAGAAAAAGAAAAGCGCCGAUGAAAGGGUGAAGUUCGUGAUCUCACAAUCAAAUCUGAUUGUUGAUUAUAAAUUCGAUGUGAACUCGGAACGAUGGUGCGAAGUUGUGUUUCAAUUACCUCUGGGAAACAAAAGCAAACUCGAUUUGGCAACGAUUGUGGAACAAGAGGUCGAAAAAUUCAUCGUACAUCAAACUCCCGGUAUAGAACGAUGCAUUGAAAGCGAAGAAGUUGUGCACGACGUGCCAACUAAAUUUCUACAAACGCAAGGCAUUAAUUUAGAGGCAUUCUUCCGACAUGCCGAUAUGCUUGACGUGAACGCGAUCUAUUCCAACGACCUGAAUCUCAUUCUUCAUCAGUAUGGUGUUGAAGCUUGUUCUAGAGCCAUUGUUCAGGAGAUGAACAAUGUGUUUGCCGUUUAUGGUAUUGAAGUUUCGAAGCGGCAUCUGUCAUUGACUGCGGAUUAUAUGACAUACACUGGACAAAUAGCACCAUUUAAUCGAGCAGCAAUGUCAUCGUCAUCGUCUCCGCUUCAGAAGAUGACAUUCGAAACAACGAUGGCUUUUAUGAAGGAAGCACUGUUGCACGGUGAAGAAGAUACACUCAGUUCUCCGUCAGCACGUCUGGUGAUGGGCUCAUUGUCUAGAGGAGGAACUGGCGCGUUUGAUCUGAUAAUGAGUCCAGAGUAUUCGACUUGAUAGCGAAUCGGCGAUGGUGAAGUUUGCGGAACUUGGAUUUCACUGAAAUCCUCUCAAAUGUAGGCAAUUUGGCCUUAAAGUGUAUCCAUUGAAAUGUGGAUCAUUUGAUGUAGUUUUCGAUUGUUUUAUUUUGAAACGGUUGAUUUACACUAUCCAACAAAAGAUGAUUGUCAUCAUUGUCGCUAGGUUCUGUUGCACGCUCAUGAGAGUAGUUGUAGAGAAGUUGUUAUUUUUACAUCUUAUCAUUUUGUUGGUUAGUCGGAGAGUCAUCCAUAUAUCAUUUUACCGUACCUUCAUAUACAGUUCUAGCGCAGUUAUGUUGUUAGCGCGAUUUGUUGAUUUUCGCUGCAUUGUCUGUUAUUGUUGACUUGUUUACGUUGGCUUGUCCCUUACUUUGAAGAACAAAG